CCCAACCAGAUACACAUGGGGAAAGGAAUCAGGUGGCACACACGCUGCCUUUACUCCACACAGAGCUUCCAAUUGUGGGUAAGAACAAAGCCCCACCUCUGCCUAAGAGAUGCGUUUUUCCACCUGCAGUCAAAAAGACAACCUGUUAUUCGCUUUUUCCUCAGAGGACAGGCAUCCCUAUGAAACUGCCAUUGCAAACUUGUAACAGUGAGAGAGAACCAGCUCCAUCUUCUAACCUCCAUGCUCUCCUUGUUUAUUCCUGGGCGUAGGCUGAACUUGGGGAAGAACUUAGUUUAAAACAAAAAUAAUAGCCCUUUCCGAAAAGAAACCUUUCCUGGGGACUAGACUGCUUUUAUGGGACUAAAAGAUUAGCCACAAGAUUAGAAACUAUGGUUGAGGACUCAUGCAGCUGGAGGCUACAGGAUUCUGACCCUCCCCAAACUGCUCCUGGCGGUAACAUCACUAUUGUAAAGCCUCAGAUCAGUACUUGAUGGAUCAGCUGGCACCACCCCGGCUUAUCUGAUCUCGUGGCACCCAGGAACUGACUCAGUGCAAGAGAACAGCUUCGACUCCCUGUGAUUUCAUCUCUGACCGGACCAAUCAGUACUCCUGACCCACUGGCUGCCCCCACCCACCAACUUAUCUUUAAAAACUCCAAUCCCCAAAUGCUCAGGGAGACUGAGUAAUAAAACUCCGGUCUCCUGCACAGCUAGCUCUGUGUGAAUUACUACUUCUCUAUUGCAAAUGCCCUUUCUUGAUAAAUUGGCUGUCUAGGUAACAGGGAAGGUGAACCCAUUGGACAGUUAACAUCUUUAUCCACCCUUCCAGCUGGAUCACGCGCCCUCUUCGAUGACAUGACACAGCUAGGGUGUAUGAGCUUGCUGCCGGCGCCUUCUGUCCUGGGUUGGAUAGCAAGGCCUCAACGGAGAGCCAGGUGCCUGGUCUGGUCCCGCAUUUUUUUCUGUCCUGUUUUCUUUUCCUCUUUGCUUGGACAGUUGGGCCAGGGUCCUGAGUGCAAGGGCUUGGCUUGGUGAAUUAAAGUGGCAGUAGCCGUGUGGCAGAGAAAAUUUGUUGGUGAAAUUCUGCAGCCGUUGAUAACAGCAUCCUGGGCCUACACGGUGACAAGCCAGCCAGCCUAGUUGGUGGAUGUGACAAGCCCAGACCCUUCUAGAUUUGUGGAUCCUUGCACCUGCCAGACAUGUCUCGGAGCCAUCUGGGGAGGCUGGGUUGGCACAGAUGCAACCCAGUCUUCUCCCAGCUCCCACAGUGCGGUGUCCUGAAUGGAAGGCCCCAGCGCCCAGAAGCAUCCACUGAAGGACGUAAGCAGGGCAAGGCCAACCGUGGCUGUUCCAGCAGGGGGACUAAAUUACACUGGCCAGAAUCCCCAGUGCCAACCCUGGCAGCACGAACUGAGGCUUGUCCAGAUGCAGUGAACCAGUCGCAGCUGACACCACGCAGACCAUUCCCGAUCCCAGAGGUGUGUCGUGGAACCCUGGCUGCCUGCACCCACAGACACAGCCACUCCUGGGCCCAUCUGGAUGUAACCUUCGAGUGCCUGAAUGCCACAUCUCCAUGGAGGCUAAACUCAAGGGCCUGACUGGCUCAGUCUACAAAGACCACAAGGCCUGUUGUGCCCCUCAGCCAGCCAACCCGAAGUUUUUUAAAUGAAAGGCACAACCUACGGCCACAUCAGCAGAAAGUGGGUACAGGAUAAGGGGCAGAGCUAAUGUCUCCUCCUCAUCAGCCUUUGACUAGGCGAUGGGAGUCUGUGAUGGCUGGCUUGUCUGCUCUAUGCUCCAGGGACCUGGCCAGGGACGGGCCGAGUUGCUGUCCUCAUGGAACUCUCAUCCUAGUGGGGCAGAGACAAGGAUGGUGUCACGUGCCUGGGGGUCCGCACCGCAGACAAGACACAGGGAGCAUGGCGCAGUGUGGGCCAGCGAAGGCCUGGCUUCCCAAGGGCAUGGGUGCGAGCAGCACGGCUGUGAGGAGUUCCAGGUACAGAGAACAACUCCCGAGACGGAGCCAGGCCUGCGAGGAGGCCGGAGCGCAUGAGGGAAGGGCACGAGGCAAGGCUGCCAGGGCUGUGCUAGUGGUGCGGGGCACCCCUGUGGGGGCAGCUGUGGACAUGGCAUUGAUGCCUUCGGCUCUAGCAGCAUCCUGCGCUGGUGCGGGCUGAGGCAGGAUGAAAGGCACAAGCCACAGCCAUGUCAAGCAGGAAGUGGAUGCAGGGUACAGCCUGUCAGGGUCAGGGUGAAAGGGAGGGGGGUGGAUAGGCUGUAAGUGAAUUUCGAGCAGCCCACAGAGGACAGGAUGUGCCCGGCAUCGAAGACUCAUUCUUGGGUCCACCUGAGACUGUCCAUUGGGGCUUCCUGUCACUCUGUGCAGGAUGGUAAGACCACCCUUGGAAAACCCAUCAGGACUGCAGGGCGCGGUUCAGAGCUGACUGUCCAGGACUAGCAGGGGCUGACCCCUGGGCGUUGGUGCACCCUCUGUGCGGCCUCUUGGAGGUUGCACACAAGGCGACAGUUCCCAGCUACCGCCUGAGAUGCAGCAUCUGCUUUACUCCAGCCCAGCACUGCUCACUGUCACUGCCCAGUUUUAGGAUUUCACUUUCCUUUCAUGUUUGUGAUUUUGCAGAUGGUGUUGACUUAGAGCUGCAGCCUCAAAUGACCAAAUGCCACCAGCUUGGCCCCAGCUCGGCCCCAGCUCAGGGACGUGUCUGAGCCCAGGUAAAGCACCCGAGUGGCCAGGAAG